GCAUGCGCAGCUCGUUCGUUGCUAAUCACUUCCGCUGGUCAGAGGGCAGCAAAAUGGCUGCCGUGUUAGGUCGAUAACAUUUGUGCCCUAAUGUUAACCUAGACCGCAGAUUUCAAACUCAAAUGCUCUCAUUAAGCGUUACAUUUAGCAUCUAGGAAUCGGCACCUGUUCCCAUAUUUAGACGCUGACAUGUUCCAGGUAAUCGGCGGGAGGAGCGUGCAGGUGGCGCGGCUCUUAGCGCCCAGGAGUGCCGUGCUCGUGGAAGCUGUCCGGGGCCGAAAGUCUCGCACCGACCCGGUAGCCAAGUCCAAAGAAGGGCGAAUCAAAGUGCCUCCCCCCGUCGAUCCGGUGGAGAUGGUAGUUCUCAAAGAGAGAUACACGGAAUACAAGCUGAUCAUGAGGGCGCUCCGUUUGGAGUUUAAGGAGGAGGUGCUACGAAAGAAGUACGAGGAGGAGACGGGCUCCCAGGCGGAGGAGAGGGCGAGGCAGGAGGCGGAGGAGCACCGAGCCCUGAUGGGCUGGAACAACGAGGAGAACCUGCGCAUGCUGAAAGCCAGAAUUCUGAGGGUCCAGAAAGAAGCAGAGGAAGCUGAGCGCAAGAAGAUUGAAGCUGCCAUUCAGCGGGAACAGGAACAGCAAGAAUUCAUCAAAGAAAAAGAGAGGGAGAUUUUGCAGCUGCAGGAGGAAGUAAAGAACUUCAUCACCACGGAGAACUUGGAUCAACGAAUCGAGGAGGCACUGGACAAUCCAAAGAAUUACAACUUUGCCGUUAACAAAGAAGGAAAAGUCAUCAAACAGACAGUCCUGCAGUGAAACGACUGGAUGCACAGACAUGACUCUGUUGUGGUCCGGACUAAUCCGGCAGUUCAGUGAUCCAACUCCCUCUGGAGGAGCAUUUCAACACCUUUAAGCUGGAAAAAAAAUCUUCUUUUAAAAAACAUUUCCGGCGUGGCAUCAUCCGCUCACAGCUGGACCUAGUAGUUUCACCUCAAGGUCACACAGCCUUUAUUUUCCCCAUGUGUCUGCUUCAUAUGGUCCCUUAUUUAAGUCAUGCGUCACCACAACAUGUAAUCAUUGCUGGCAUUUGUCAUGAGUUUUAGGGUAAAUUAAUGUAAACAGCAUUGAAACGGCUGCUGAAGAACGGGACUUCAUUUUUCUGCUUCAUUUUGGAGGCUAAGGACCAUUACACACCUACAUGGUCAGGAUCUGUUUAUAUUGACUUCAUGAUGAUAACUGGUCUUUAUGUUGAACCAUGGUAUUAAAAUGCAUUUUCUUACCUUGAUUGCACAUGAAAUUUAAUCUGAUUUCAAUAUGCACAAAACUUAGGCGGGUCUCUCCCUAAAGGUUCAAAACCCCGAUCUGUGCAAGUACAAUCUGAGGUUCAAUGUUAGCUCUACAUUUCCUGUGUCAGGGAUUAUAGUCCAGUGAAAUAAUUAGCACGACUCAACAAUGGUGCAUUCUGCAUGCUGAGUAGGAUAUUGAGUCGUAUUAUAUACAUGCAUGCAUCCUCUGGUAACACUGAGCAAGAGGUCUCAUCCCAUGUACCGCCAUUCUGAGAUAAUGUUACCUGAGAGAACUUAGAUUAAAUCGGCUCAAAAGUAAAGCUCAGUCGCACAAGUAAAAAUAGGACAGCAGCUUCCAUGUAGCUACACAAACUAUAAAUGAAUACAUUAGUGGCUUGCGGUGACUAAAUGUUUGUUCACGAUCCGACUGAGCCUCUGUCAGUGACAGCAACUCCAGGGGUUUCGACUCAACUGGCUACCAGCUGAUUGUAUUCUGGUUAUGUUCCUAUACAAGAGGAAGGUUGCUGAGUGGAAAAGUAAUCGUUACAUGUGAAUUUCUGUCUAUGCAGACAUCAAAAAUAUUGGAUUUUCGAUAAUUUUUCACAGUUAUUUGCUUUACUAUCACAAACAGAUUGCAUGUAAUUGCCAAAUUGUUUGCCAAUAGAAGCUUGAUUCCAUCUUACAACAACAUUCAUGGCAGUUUUGGUGACAAUCUUAUUUGCCAUCCAAAAUAAACCCCCCAAAACUGAAGUGAGAUAACGUUAUGUCACUGGAUAAAACAGAUUCUGACUAAAUUUAACCGAGGACAUAAUUUAAAGUUGAAAUUAAGGUGAUAAAUCAUAAUAUAUUUAUUGCAAUACUCAGCAUAUUGCAAAAUGUUGAAAUUUGCAAUAAUAUAAUGUGAGGUAUCUGGCGAGUCCCACCUCUAAAUGUUAAAUCUGAACAAAUUUUCAGAUGGGGAGGUGUGUAAAAGUAUCCCCAGUGACGCUCAGGCUUCAGGCUGCUUUUUAAAGGCUCCCUUUCAGCUUUUCAGCUUCCUUUUUCCUGCUUUUGGCUCCUUGUGAUGUCAGUGAGAGUCCAUAUCCUCUCUUCUCAAACACAGCAGCCUCACCUACCUGCUGUUUACCCUUAAAGAGAGAGAUGAGCUAGUAUGGCUUGUUUCAGAUAGAUGACAGACCGAGGGGCUGCUCCAAAAGGAUUAGUUUGAACUGUGAAUGAUGUAGAGCUACCCUAGUAAACCUUAGAGGGGGGAAAGAGAUUGAGGCAUCCACUUGGAGUGGAUGCACUUUUAGCUGCAGCCCUCUGGGUGGCGCCCAUCUCUCUGCAUGGGCCUGUCUGAUUACUCAGUAGAACAUUAGCCAGCUUAUGUGUGUGACACCGCUCUGCUGAAGCGGCGUAAUCCUCUUCUGUUAGGCCAGGUGUGCAGGCUGAUGAGAGGAUGAUGACAGGCAAAAACCUCAAGAGAAACCCAAGCAGCCAGCAGCAGCUGAAGCAAGAAAAGGCCACCAAUAACAUUACAUAUAAACACAGAGUGUUCCUUUAUUGUUUAGUAAACCUGGAGGAUUUUCCUUGUUAUUUCUUUUCAUUUUUGGUCCUCAUGCUGCAUUGACAGAGUGCACAAAAUGAUUAGGAAAUUCUGCAUUUAUCCUGUUAUUCCCAAAUAGCUUCAUUUUUAAACCACGUUUCCAUGAUAUCAUACAUAUUAACCUGCUCUAAUAUGUAAGCAGAAACUUUCUAUGGUUCCACCUUCUUCAGUGGAUCCCGUACAUUUUUGUUUCAUAUAUUAUGUAUCACUGUACAUUAAACAUUUCUGUUAUUAAGCAAUU